UCACAAAGCGAGCAAAACGACAAAAAAGAGGCUGCCAGUGCCAGCCGCCUCCUUCCUCUCCCUAUGGCAGAGUCCACGCAUUGAGGAAUCGAAGGCAAAAGCUCGCAUUUUUACGAGCCGAGAUCGCUCUCCGAGUUCCUCGGCAUCGGUCCCUGCCGCCGCCGCCGCCGCCGCCCCGAAAAUCUCGCCGGUGGUCCUCUCGUCGGUUCCCGGGUGGCGGUCGAAUGGCGCUCGAUUCGAGCCCCUCCAAUGGCGGCGGCGCGGACGCUUCUCUGCAGUCCAUCUGCUACGAGCGCGGUUCCCUCCGGCUGCUUGACCAAAGAAAGCUUCCCCUGGAGACGGUCUACCUGGAUAUAAAAGACGCUACUGAUGGAUGGCAUGCGAUAAAGGAUAUGGUGGUCCGCGGGGCGCCGGCUAUUGCUAUUGCGGCUGCACUUUCUUUGGCGGUGGAAGUGUAUCACUUGGAUGCUUUUAGUGGGACGGCUGUUGAGGCGGCCUCUUUUCUCAUUGGGAAGUUGGAUUAUCUUGUUUCGAGUCGGCCAACUGCCGUGAAUCUAUCCGAUGCUGCAACAAAACUGAAGGAAGUCAUCUCUGAUGCUGCUGCAACAGCUUCGGAAGCCAAAAGUAUCUUUCAGGCUUAUACAGAAGCUGCGGAAGUCAUGCUAAAAGAUGAUGUUGCUUCAAACAAAGCAAUUGGUGGCUAUGGAGCCUCAUUCCUUAAGCUAAAUCAGAAAAAGUCCAAAGGACUCUCUGUGUUGACCCAUUGCAAUACUGGCAGUCUUGCUACGGCUGGAUAUGGUACAGCCUUAGGCGUAAUCCGUGCACUUCAUACUGAAGGGGCGUUGGAAAGGGCUUAUUGCACAGAAACACGCCCAUUCAACCAAGGUUCUCGGCUUACAGCUUUUGAAUUGGUCCAUGAGAGGAUACCGGCAACCCUUCUUGCAGACAGUGCUGCAGCAGCACUAGUGAAGGAAGGAAGGGUGGAUGCUGUCAUCGUUGGAGCAGAUCGUGUAGCUGCAAAUGGUGAUACCGCUAACAAGAUUGGAACUUACAGUCUUGCCUUGUGUGCAAGACAUCAUAAUAUUCCCUUUUAUGUGGCUGCACCUCUGACUUCUGUCGAUCUAUCUCUUUCUUCGGGUCAAGAUAUUGUUAUUGAAGAACGAUCUGCGAAAGAAUUGCUGAACUCACGCGGAGGCCUCGGGGAGCAAGUUGCUGCAUCUGGCAUAUCUGUCUGGAAUCCUGCCUUCGACGUCACACCUGCAAAUCUUAUAGCUGGUAUCAUAACUGAGAAGGGUGUUGUCACCAAGAAGGGCAGUGAUGCUUUCGACAUGAAAGCAUUCGCACUUCAGCUAGAUGGUAAGAGCUGAGAGUUGGGGUGCGACAGGAACAACGAGAAAGAGUACGGUCGUAUGCUCAUCUUAGCCGUAACUCAAAAUUCACUUAGAUAUUGAAUAAAUUGCCGAGGCGGCCUUGUUAUAUGUGAUCUGAUCUGACUUUCUGAAUUGAAAGUGAUUAGCAGAAGCUGAAAUUAUUAGGACAGAAAGAGGUUAUGGUCGAAGCCCCGGGAUUUGAUGAAGAGGUUCUUGAAUUUGAUCAUAUAAUGAACCGUGUUGCUUUAUUUGAUGGGCAUUCCCAACAUUAGUCA